CUGGCUUAUUGGACCGAAUGGGUUUUCUUGGCAAUAGAAGUACAGGUAAGUCGCAGCAUCAACCGAGUUUUUGAAGGGCAGAAUAAUUCUGAAGGAAAAAAUAUUGAAGCAAUGAUGUGUCAACAAGCCGUCGAAAAAUUGAAUGAAUAUGAGGGCAGAUUAACCGAUUUAAAAAUGAAGAUGACUGAUUCAUUAAAAUGGAAUAACAUCGAUGAUGCCUUACGCUAUCAUUUAGCGAUGCGUGAUUGUCGUGAUACCGCUUUUCGGAUAAUUCAUGUUGAUUUACUUCUGAAUAGCGAUCAGUUGCGUGCAUUUGGAAUCUCAUCGAAAUGGAGUACAUAA